CGGUGGCAAUAUUUAUUCGUACGGAUUUGCGCAACACAUUUAUUAGCUCACACAAAAAAAAUCGACAUAAACAGCACAAAAAAUAGAUAGUGUGCUUCAGCUGCGAGAAAUUGAUAGUCGAAUCUUUUUCUUUAAUUUUAGAAAUUAGGAAUUAGUGACCCAGAAUAUAUAGCUUAAUUGGUAUCAUGACAAAAGUAAGCUUGCAACUAGAGCCUGGAGUUGAUGGUAGAUUACUUUAUUUUGCUGGUCAUUUAUUGAAAGGAUUUGUGGAACUGACUCUUGAUCAUCCAAAACAAUUUCGUGGUCUUUAUAUAGCAAUUAUUGGGUCAGCACGUGCACAUUGGACAAAAAGUGAAAGAGGUUCUAACAGAAACUCCAGAUAUGAAAGAAUCAAUUUUGAAGGAUUCGAAGGAUACAUAAACUCGAGAACCUACUUAAUUGGUCAAUUAGGAGGACCAACUUUUGAAAUGCCACCAGGAGCUCACAGAUAUGAAUUUACUUGCCAGGUACCACCACACAUACCUUAUACUGUUGGAUUGAAGCAUGCAGAAAUUCAAUAUUAUGUUGAAGCUGUUCUUGAUAUUCCAUGGCAUUUUAAUAAGGAAUCGAAAGUUCCAUUUUUUAUAAUACCUUAUUUAGAUCUAAACUUUUAUCAGCAUUUAAAAGCUCCCAGAAGUAUUGAAGUUUUUAAAAACAUUCAAACAGUCUUCUGCAAAUCUGGCAGGCUUCAAAUGACAGUACAUCUUCCAUACUCAGGAUUUGCCAUUGGUCAAAAAGUUCCAAUUAAAAUUGAUUAUGAAAACAAAAGUAAUGUCGAUGUAUCAAGCACCAAAAUGAUUUUAAGGCGAAUUGUCAAUUAUCAUGCACAAACGCCACAUCCCAGCGUUAAAGUUGAUGCUGAAGAUUUGAUUGUCACAAAUACUGUUGGAGUUAAGGCUGGAGAUUCGACAUCAUGUGAAAGCAUUUUUGAAAUCCCAAUCGUUAUUCUGUGCACUAAUGAUAAAAGUUGUAGAGUUCUAAGCAUUAAUUAUGCCAUGAAAAUCGAAGCAGUUUUAAGUGGAUGGCAUUCAAAUAUAAACGUUGUAUUUCCAGUUGUAAUCGGAACUGUUCCGAUUCAGUUUAUAUCUCAAGAAUCAACUUCAUAUCACUUAAGUCAAGUUCCCUAUGUUCAACCAUCAGCACCUGCGAUUCCACCGUCCUUUGAAGGCUAUUGAAGUGUUUUUUUUAGCAGAUUGUUCCUCGAUUCAAGAAUCAGUGCCAUUAAACAAAAGAUUCGUAUUUUUACAAAUUUACAUGUAAAUUUUAAGCUUUCGAUGUUUUUAAUUCUAAUCAAUAAAUCAUGCCAAUUUCAAUCCACAACAGCCCACUAUGGGCCAGAAAUGGAAAAUUUUUCCAAAAAUUAUUUCUACAGCUUAUAUGAUAGUCCUUAUUCUGUCCUACAUUUACGUCCUUAAAACUUUGCCUAAGUCGACAGCAUGUCCGAGAUAUGGCACUUCAAAGUUGGUCAGACGACCAUUUUCACGUUACAUUGAAAAUGCUCUCACCAGUCACUGGAUGGAUGAAUCUCCUUCAAUUUUUUUUUGGUAAUAGCUUUAAAUAGUUCCUUCAUUUUAAGGUAUAAACAAUUGCAAAAAACUUUGGAAAAUUUUGUGAAAAACUUGAUUUUUCUCAAAAACCACGUGUUCGUCAUACUUCCGUUUGUGUAGGUCUUCACAAGCACAACCAAAGUUACUAAUUUCUUUUUUAUAUUAAAGAUUACAUCAAAAGCUAUAACUUUUGCAUACAUGUCGUAUAAUUUUAACAAAGUUUUGGUAGUGAAAAAAAUUUUUUUUAUAAAAAAAACACCAAUUUUUUGACAAAAAUCGCUGUAGUGCUCCAGGGAUACCCAUGGUAGUGGAAUUUUAUUUCACAUUUAGAAAGCUCUCUGGAUAUGCUAUCAAUUAAUGCAGUAAAAUGAACAAGUGUUCUCUUGGCAAAGAGCACUUUUUUGACUCUGAAAGUCGUAUGUCGAGCAAGGUCAAAAAAGAAAAAUAAUCAUAAAAAUUUCAGUUUUAAGUAAAAUUUAAUUUUUUUAAGUUAGAUUGAUAGAUCUUUUUAAAACGCGUCUUUUGAGUGUAAAUAUGUCAUAGUUUUGUCAAGUUUCAUGAUCAGUUUUUUAAAAAAAUAGUUUUUUUCAAAAAAAAACUUGAAAAAUAAAGUAUUUGACUUUAGAAUUUCAUAAAAUGCAUUCUUUUUAACAUUUUUUUCACUAUUUUGUCUAGUUUUGCUCCUCGUUUUUUCCUAAACAUAAAUCAAUAAGAACUUAACAUAAUUGAAGCCAUUUGGAGGUUAAAUUGAGUUAAAAAUCGUUUAAAAUUUUUGUAUUUCUUAAAUAGUUCUUUACACAAGUAUCUAAGAUAUAAAGUGUUGCAUAGUUUUGAAAAGGUAUUAAAAUUUCCAAUAUGUUAACAUGAAAAUUUUAGGAAAAUUUUCAAGUAAUAUAGUCAAUUUGGGUAAAAAACGCAUUUUAUAUAUGCUAGUUUUUAAUGUUUUUCGUUUUUCUCAGCAAAGACUUUAUGAAAAACUCUCAAAGUUUGCACACUUAUUUGUUAUAUAAAUGUUAAUGACUCGUAUAAGUUUUGGAAUUUUCUAUUGAGUUUUUCAUGAGUUCUCCAAAUCUGAAAUUUUCAAUAUUAAAAAUCCUUUUUUCUCAAUAAUUCCGAUUUUUUAUUUAUAAAUAAAUAUCUUAUUUUGUUUCAUUUUACAAUAUCUUUUCAUUGAUAUGUAACAAUCUACGAAAAAAAUAAGACUAGCGAGGAAUCAAUAAAAAAAGUGUCAAAAAUUUAUGAAAAUUCUACGCUAUUUUAAUUUUUUAUCCUUUUCUGGUUAAUUUUAUUAAGUUUUGUAAGAGUAUUAUACCUUUUUGCAAAUUUAUAGCUUAAGACUUUCAUCUGCUUUCAUCCACUAAAAUUCGUAUGAGUUUACGAUAAGCACAACUGAAGUUAAAUAAGCUUCACGUUGGCGCAACCAAAAAUUUUGAAUUUUUUAAAAUCAAAUUAUUUAAAAGCUUUAAAUUAAAUCUUCAGGCUGCUAUUAAAUACAUGAAACAUUUAUAACAAAACUAAAUGAAAAAGUUUAAUAUUAUAGCUCAAAUAGCAUUAAAAUUAAUAUCUGGUUUUCUUCAUAUGGAACUGUCUUUUGUCGCCAACGUGAAGCUUAUUUAACUUCAGUUGUGCUUAUCGUAAACUCAUACGAAUUUUAGUGGAUGAAAGCAGAUGAAAGUCUUAAGCUAUAAAUUUGCAAAAAGGUAUAAUACUCUUACAAAACUUAAUAAAAUUAACCAGAAAAGGAUAAAAAAUUAAAAUAGCGUAGAAUUUUCAUAAAUUUUUGACACUUUUUUUAUUGAUUCCUCGCUAGUCUUAUUUUUUUCGUAGAUUGUUACAUAUCAAUGAAAAGAUAUUGUAAAAUGAAACAAAAUAAGAUAUUUAUUUAUAAAUAAAAAAUCGGAAUUAUUGAGAAAAAAGGAUUUUUAAUAUUGAAAAUUUCAGAUUUGGAGAACUCAUGAAAAACUCAAUAGAAAAUUCCAAAACUUAUACGAGUCAUUAACAUUUAUAUAACAAAUAAGUGUGCAAACUUUGAGAGUUUUUCAUAAAGUCUUUGCUGAGAAAAACGAAAAACAUUAAAAACUAGCAUAUAUAAAAUGCGUUUUUUACCCAAAUUGACUAUAUUACUUGAAAAUUUUCCUAAAAUUUUCAUGUUAACAUAUUGGAAAUUUUAAUACCUUUUCAAAACUAUGCAACACUUUAUAUCUUAGAUACUUGUGUAAAGAACUAUUUAAGAAAUACAAAAAUUUUAAACGAUUUUUAACUCAAUUUAACCUCCAAAUGGCUUCAAUUAUGUUAAGUUCUUAUUGAUUUAUGUUUAGGAAAAAACGAGGAGCAAAACUAGACAAAAUAGUGAAAAAAAUGUUAAAAAGAAUGCAUUUUAUGAAAUUCUAAAGUCAAAUACUUUAUUUUUCAAGUUUUUUUUUGAAAAAAACUAUUUUUUUAAAAAACUGAUCAUGAAACUUGACAAAACUAUGACAUAUUUAUACUCAAAAGACGCGUUUUAAAAAGAUCUAUCAAUCUAACUUAAAAAAAUUAAAUUUUACUUAAAACUGAAAUUUUUAUGAUUAUUUUUCUUUUUUGACCUUGCUCGACAUACGACUUUCAGAGUCAAAAAAGUGCUCUUUGCCAAGAGAACACUUGUUCAUUUUACUGCAUUAAUUGAUAGCAUAUCCAGAGAGCUUUCUAAAUGUGAAAUAAAAUUCCACUACCAUGGGUAUCCCUGGAGCACUACAGCGAUUUUUGUCAAAAAAUUGGUGUUUUUUUUAUAAAAAAAAUUUUUUUCACUACCAAAACUUUGUUAAAAUUAUACGACAUGUAUGCAAAAGUUAUAGCUUUUGAUGUAAUCUUUAAUAUAAAAAAGAAAUUAGUAACUUUGGUUGUGCUUGUGAAGACCUACACAAACGGAAGUAUGACGAACACGUGGUUUUUGAGAAAAAUCAAGUUUUUCACAAAAUUUUCCAAAGUUUUUUGCAAUUGUUUAUACCUUAAAAUGAAGGAACUAUUUAAAGCUAUUACCAAAAAAAAAUUGAAGGAGAUUCAUCCAUCCAGUGACUGGUGAGAGCAUUUUCAAUGUAACGUGAAAAUGGUCGUCUGACCAACUUUGAAGUGCCAUAUCUCGGACAUGCUGUCGACUUAGGCAAAGUUUUAAGGACGUAAAUGUAGGACAGAAUAAGGACUAUCAUAUAAGCUGUAGAAAUAAUUUUUGGAAAAAUUUUCCAUUUCUGGCCCAUAGUGCAG